AUGGGAAACGCCUUUGAAAGAUGCCUUGCACAUAUUGUCAUCAAGCCAAAUAUUAAAGAAGGUGCGAGAGACAAACCCUAACCUGCCAGCGGCGUCGAUGCCGAAAGCAGACCCAUAUAAUGCGGAAACGUGCGCUCGGUACGCAACGAUUUAUAACAUAAAACACAACAACCUGUACUGGCAGGUGCAGGAUAUCGUGAACGACACGUACUACCUAUUCGGCGCCUACUAUGACGGUCGACCUAAAAUUGGCCCGUCCGUGCGCAUUAUUGGCAUCAGGCAAGCCGCCUGGUUGAAUAUGACCACUAAUCUUUAUUGCCAGCUGUGGUUUCCUGGUCAUAAGAGGACAAUCAUCGCCAAAGUGCACUAUAUUCAGUACUUAUGGCGCGAAAAGUGGAAUUUCGAAGAUCAUCCGCUCAAACCAUACAUGCUGAGCUGCAUGAUUCCACCGGAAUACCACGGCUGGGUGCCGGACAGCGUGUCGCUGGUGGAGAACCCGUGCGACAAUGCGACAAACAACCUCAGGGUGGUCAACAACCAACCACGGGGGGAAAAGCGAGAAUUUUUCGUCUGCGUAAAAAGCCUCAACUUUCGCAACAACCCCGGUGUCGCCGUCAGAAUGGUCGAGUGGCUCGAGCUGCUGAAAAUUCUGGGCGCGGAAAAAGUGGUCUUCCACGCUCUGCAGCUCAACCCACGCCUAGAACAGGUGCUGAACUACUACAAGCGCACGUGGAACGUCGAAGUGAUCCCCACCUCCCUGCCGGGAACGCUGCCAAACGUGCCUGACUUCAUGAUCAACUUCUUAUCUGCCAAGUUCGUCCAUAAGAUCUUUCAUGAACUCAUCGACUACAACGACUGCUUCUACAAGAAUUUCAAUUUGUUUCAUUUCGUCGUUCUGCUUGACAUUGACGAGGUGCUCGUUCCCGUGGGUUCGUUGCAGACGUGGCAUGAAUUGAUGUACAACGUGCUGCUGCCGCGCGCGAAGAAGAUGCCGCACGUAAGUCACACGUUCGCGGCUCGUAACGCUUUCGUGAUGGACGACGCGAAGGAGUACGGUGACUGGACGGCUGGUGUGCCCAGGUACAUGCACAUGCUGCAGAACGUGCACCGCAUGGCCAAUUACACAGAAUAUGGCGCGCGCAUCAAGGCGUUCCACUUGACGGAAAAGACCCUGGCGCUGCACAACCACUACACGCGUACGUGCGUCGGCGAGAGAGGCGAGAUACUCGAGUGGUGUAACACCUUCGAUAUCACCGUGGAUGUUGGCUACCUGCUGCAUUACUGCGUCCGCAGGUCCAAGUCCGAGUGCAGCGUCAAGCGAGGAGAAAAUUUGACCAUCGACAACACCCUCUUCAAGUAUAAAACCGAGCUGGUUGCCGCCACGAAAAAAGCUAUGCUGAAGAUUGGUUUUUUGUGAUCGUAAAAAUAAUUGAUAUUGCCAGUUAUAAAUUGUAUUCAACACCCUUCGAGUCAUGAUAUGUAAUAAAUUCAACAUUUUAAGCUCCAUAAUAUUCUUGAGACAAACUGGGAAGGGCAGCUUUAAUUUAAUAUGGAGGAGCGUGCUUUUUAACUGUUGAAGGAGCAAACACAAAAAAUUGCUCACAAAUACAAAUUCAGUACAUAAUACUGAAAAUCUUACUUAAAGGUUUUUCGCAAUAUUACCCAGUCUUUUUCAUAUCAAAUUUUGAUGAAAAUGAUCGAGUUUUCAUAAUCUAUUUUAACAAUUAGCAAAUGCUUAAACUGAAAUAUUAAGUUCAUAAAAAAUAAUGUUUAUCAGUCAAAAUUAAUGCUUAUGUUUAACUCAGCCAUGUUUUUUACUAUCAUUUGGGUGAAAUCUAAGCAAAUAAAGUAAAUUCAUGCAAUUUCAACUUGU